AUGCUAAGGCUCUACUCUGCCGUUGACACCUUCUGCCGCGCACUCAAGGAUCGCGACCUUGACGCGUCCAGCCUUUCAUCGACGAGUAGGCAGCUCCAGAGCCAUGGCCAAACUGUCCUAGACACCCUGAAUAGGAUACCAGCCGAGUACAGCAAACAUACGGAAAGUAUCACCUACGUACUGGACAACUGGCACGCCGAGAAAGGGGAGCUGGAUAUUCUCCUGCGAAAGGUCACCUCCUGCACCGAGUCGCUUAAUUGGACAGAGAAGCUGAAGUAUGCCUUUCGGGAGCAAAAGGCCGUGUCAGCCUUCAAGGCCCGGCUCGAGGGGCAUAUGAGAGCACUCCUGCUCGCUCUGGAAGUCCUUGGAGUCGAUUUGGAAGCCAAGAUCCUUGCAAACACAGCCGAAUCUCUCCGUCUUGGCGACAGCACCCACACUAAUGUGGGAACCAUUUUAGCAACACUGUCAAUGUUGAAAACACAGCAAGCAACUGUCAUCGAUGAGUUGCAACGAAAUUUGGCCCUUUCCAGCGAGAUCUCAGCUCAGGUGAAGCGAGUCUGCGGCGAUGUUAGCGACAUGAAAACCGUCGUAAAAUGCGGCGAGAGUUCCCAGAAUGAAGCAUUGAGGUUGAUCUACGAGGAGCUUUCUAGGCUGAGGCAGGCACAGUCUGUUCAAAGCACUCUUCUUCAAAGGAACAUCGUGGCCACGGUGGAUAAAACCAAUGUGCUAUCAUGGGCGCACCGGAAGAAGAUGAACAUGAAGCCUCUUAUCGACCUGACAAUUUUCGUUUACGAAAACGUCUAUCCGUUCGUCGACCGAUCACACUUCAUUCCCUCACUGGCGGAGUUCACUGGGAAGACAGGAGCUUUUCCGCCCGAUCUUGACAACCUGGUAUGGGCUAUAUGGACGCAAAAUUGUUUGCGGGUGCAUGUCCUGAUCAACUCAACUACAUGGGAAGCCUCUCUUCAGAUGGCUUACAUCAAGAGCUUCUGGGGCUGCAGGUUUCUAGCUCACUUAGCAAGAGAUAUAGGUCCGAUAGGUCAUGCGAUCAGGGCUCAGUCACUUGUGGAGCUUGAUCGAAUCGUUGAUGCUGAUCCUGCAAGUCUACGCGAAACUGUGGAUUGCAUCACCACGGUACAGCUAAAUGGGCUGGAGAUCAUCCAUAACCUGUUCUUGAGACCAGCUCUGGCCGAGAUCACUGCGACUCAUCGCGACAUACAGUCAGAGUACUAUAGUUGCCAGGGCUGCAACCUGUCCAGAAGUAUCUCGUUGAUUCUAAGCUUCGGGUGUGGGCUCUUGAACAAGGAUUUUGCGCGCGGCUUGUCAGUGCGGUGUCUUGAGACGAUCCUUGUCGAGCAUUUAUUGGACCGAAGAACUCGACUCAUGGAGGUCGCUCUCAAUCAUCUCACUGAAGGCGAAGUUACACGAUUUGGCUUAAGUCCGAAUGGGCCCAUUGACAGCGAAGCGAUGCAAGUUCUCCCCUACCUCGAACGGCAAGGAGUUGCGAUUCCCACCAUCCUUCUCCCUUACCAAAAGGGCGACUAUCCUCCCGAUUGGUAUUGGAGACGUUGCUCGAUAUGGCACUGCCUUGUGUCUUACAGCGGAGAUUACACUGCCAGCGCUUUACAAAGAGUUUUUGAUGCUGGUUUUACAGACAUCGACUCUGGAGUCUUGGGUGGGAUAACACCCUUAGCAACCCCAGUCACUAACCCACAUCCCCGCGCAAACAUAAAGCUAUGGCUACUAGAACGGGGUGCCGAUUUGCAAAAACGACUUGAAGGCGCAUCUUCACCUUUCAUCGGUUUCUGGGCGACUCGCGCAACCAUCGCGCACAGCAUUGCCGUAGGCUAUGGAGAAGCACAACGCCGAGGCUGGGAAACAGAUCCUGACCAUGUGCUGCUUGUACAACAAGUGUUAGCCGUGUCUUGCCGGGAUGGCUGUUCUUGUGUCUGCUCUACAGACGGCUGCAGUACCACAUUACGUUACCUCAAAAGGUCCUUUGAUCUCUGCCUGAACAAAAACUGGAACACCAAAUGGCAGGAGAUCUGGAUAGCGAUUGAGAAUGAAGUGCAUAUCGAUCUGAACGAUGCCCUAGUGAAGCGCUUGAAAGAGCAACUAAUGCUGGAUCUAGACAUUCUCGAGGGCUUCAUGGCGGAUGAUUCGUGGACCGUGUUGCUGAUACGAUUGCUUUCCAUGAAGAUCCUAGGCAUACGCCACACGUGUUGUGACACCUGGUCGAGUUAUCACUACAGAGACGACUCAAAAGCAUGGCAGGAAGAUAUAGCAGAGGUAGGGACUGAGGAUUCGGAGAGGUACGACGACUUUCUGACAUUGGUGUUUGACAUGGAAAACGAGUACAAUGCGAAAGUGCAGACGCCUCGGGAAUUUCUGCUCGGAACAUGGUGGGACCGAAUAUGGGAAGUCCACCGGGAACAAAACUCACAGCCACUUGACACCAAGGAGUGGACUCGAUUGGGCGUUCGGAUGGUUCACACAGCACAGAAGCCACCAGACGCGGCCCCGAGGUACGACAUGUCGAGAUCUGAAGAUCGCCGCCUGUAUCUAGAACGGCGGAUCGAUGAGCUUUUCGACGAAACGAAGCCAGCGCCUGACUUGUGGCAGGGAACAACAUGGGACCGAUCAUACCGGGAUAGGUGGAGAGGCUGA